ACUGCCGCGUCCAGUGCUAAUACAUAAUAUUAACAAGUGCGGUGGAGCUGAGCUCAGUGCAGCUCGCGUACUGUCGGUGGCAGCAUGCGCGUGUGGCUGGCGGCGCUGUGUGCGUGGGGCGCGUGUGUGUGCGUGUGGACAGCCCCCGCGUGGUCGAGCUUCUGGGCGCCGCUGUGGGACCGGCGCCUGCUCAACUACCGCGUGGACGCCGCCUUCGAGCCGCAAGCAGCCCGCGCCGCGAGGGAACACUACGCGGCGCAGCACGGCUACAGAGGAGAAACGCUCAUAGCUGAUCUGGGCAACGGGAAGCCUCCCCCAGACAUGCCCAUGGAUGUGAAGAUGUAUGGUGAUGUGAAGUUUUACUACACAUGAGGAAGGAGCAAUAUGGUCAUAUUGAUACAGAUAAGUUUAAGUUUGUAACACAAAGUUGCAGAGUGGAGGUUUAAUUAUCAAGAUAUGUUUAAGGUUUUAUUGAAAUA